AUGGAUUCUCAAUUCUUGCUCGGUAUUGCAUUUUCAUCCAUUGGUGGCUUCAGCACUUCCAUUGGUGCACUUUUUGUAAUUAUGAGUAAAGCUCCAAGUUUGAGAAUGCUUGGAUUAUUACAGGGUUUUGCUGCUGGUUUAAUGCUGAGCAUAUCAUUCUUUGAUCUUGCUCAUAAUGCCAUAAACUCACUUGGCUUCCUAAGAGGCAACCUUUGGUUUUUUUCUGGCGUCAUAUUCUUUGCUAUUGUUGCCAACUUUAUUCCAGAACCAACAGCUCCUCCUCCAGAUAAGAAAAACAAAAAGGUUGGUAACGAAGAAAACAAGAACACCAUUAAAAAACAUCGCCGUCAGGUUUUAUACAGUGGAAUUAUUACAGCCAUAGGUAUAAGUUUACAUAAUUUUCCAGAAGGCAUGGCAGUGUACCUUGGAUCCAUGAAGGGUCUUCGUGUUGGUCUUAACCUUGCAUUGGCCAUUGCUCUUCACAAUAUCCCUGAGGGUGUUGCGGUUGCACUUCCGGUUUAUUUUGCAACAGAGAGUAAAUGGCAGGCAUUCAAAUUGGCAUCACUUUCUGGCUUAGCUGAGCCCUUGGGUGUUGUUAUUGUUGCAUGUUUAUUUCCUACUAGCCUAAAUCCUGAGAUUCUUGAGGGUUUGCUAGCAUCAGUUGGUGGCGUUAUGGCUUUUUUAACCCUUCAUGAAAUGCUUCCAUUGGCUUUUGAGUAUGCCGGACAGAAACAAUCUGUUAAGGCUGUGUUCUGUGGAAUGGCUUUCAUGUCUGCUAGCCUCUAUUUUCUACGUUUGAGUUUACCAGAGGACACUGGCUUGUAG